AUGGUUGCCAUCUCCAAGUCCAUCCUUCUUUUAUUGGGAACAGCUAUUGCCUGUGCUGCUGCUAACAAGACAGUUGUCCCUGCCGCUACCCCCACCAAGACGCCUGCCCCUGUCCCUGUAUACUCACCAGAGGAGAUGUCCCAAGUGAUCGACUGCCAAACGCAAUGCAUCUCCCUCGUUCCACCAUUUGGCCAUCCACCAGACAUCAACGUGAAGGAAUACAUGAAAGUCAAGGACUACGGCAAAAUGCCCUAUAUGAUCAAAAAUAUGCAGCCAAUUGUCAAGCCAUGCAUCAAGCAACUCCAAAAGUUGAAGGGCAAUGCCUCCAAGGUCACCAAGGACAGCUUUGAGGCAUAUGUUUUGUGCAACUCCAAGACUCUGACCAAGAAUGAGGAUGUUUACUUCGCCAAGGGAUUUAACUGGAAAAAGGAUGGAUUCAACCAGACGAGUUGGACCCAAUUCCGUAACCACACCUUGCCUGGAUUCAGAAGAGCACUCCACAUCUGCCGAGGAGGAUGCCGAAGAAUUCAUUUUGCCCAUAAGGGACCCCCAAAGCCCUAA